UACAUUUCAAUAUGGAGGACUUUAGCGUAAUUACUCUCAAAGACCCAGAAUUAAGGAAAAUUUGGUGAACCGAUAGCGGGAAAACGAAUUGUUUGUGCAAACAGAGCAGCAGUGAUGUCUAGUAAAGAUGGCAACGCUGAUAAAGAGGUACCAAGUAGCUCAAGGAAAACUCCACUCUUGGGAGCAAGAGCAUUGUUAUCAAGACAACUCAAUAAUACAUCCCCAAGCCCUGGUAGACUACCAUCACUCAGACCAGCUAGAGAUUUGACCCUUGGAGCUACACCUAAACUUUCUUUCAGUUCAACGCCAAAGAGGACAUUCACUCCAAAUAUACCCACCAGGAGGAUUAAACAGGAACCAAAAGAGGAAUCUGCCAAAUCACCAGGGAGGUCAGAAGAGAGAAGACGUCAAGAUGGAGGAAGGGGAAGAGGCCGUGGGGAGGGUAGAGGACGAGGCAGAGGCCAUCGAGGCAAACCAAACAUUAUCCAGGCAUCUUCAGUUUUUUCAAUGGGAGUGGGCCCUGUUGAGAAACAGAGAAUUGGACAAGGAAGUUCUAUUCCAGAUUAUGGAGCAUCUGGAACAAGGGACAGUCAUCCUGGUGUGAAAAUUAAGAAAGAAGGGUACAACAUGGGUAAUGAUGAUGAAGAAGAAUCAAGAAGGGUUCUCAAGAUGCUAGAAACAAGUGGCGAUAUCAAUGAUGAUAUGGACAGUGAAUCUGGCAUCAUGCCCGUACAGUUGCCACUGUCCUUUCAUGCAGUGAGGAUGAAUGAAAAGCAAGCUGAGUCUGCCACAAUGCAGGAUGACAUGAAAGUGAAAAGUGAGCUCAUGGAUGUGGACAGUGUUGAUUCAGGAAAAGCCCCUCCUUUGGAAACAAUGAAGAAACCAGUGAAACAAGUAGCAGUGAAGAAAGAAACACAGGAUGAAGCGAAUCUUUCCAGUCUCUUGUCAGCAACAUCGAUGGGAGAGCGUAAGUUACUAUUUUUUCAAUUUCCUGAUGUGAUGCCCAUCAGAUCACCCCCCAAUAACCAAGAUGAGCCAAUGACUACAGAGGGAACAUCCAGUGAACAAGCAGCUACAUCAGAAAAGUCUAAAGAACCUCAAAGGCUGUCACUCAAGAAUGCAUCCGAGGGUUAUAUUGGUAAACUUCAGCUGUUGAGAUCUGGCAAAGCCAGAUUGCUUUUGGGGGAUGUGGCUCUCGAUGUAACCAUGGGAACACCAUGUGGAUUUUUACAGGACGUUGUCGCUGUUCACACGGAAGACGACAGGUCAGAGAUGGUGUGCCUAGGACAUACAAAUCAUCGCCUGAUAUGCACCCCAGACUUUGAGCAUCUUUUGUCAGCAUCCUGACUGUGCCCCAUGGGCAAUGAGAAUGUCUACCCAAGUGUUAAGUUUCCUGUCGGCGAUAUAUUUAUUAUAUCCACCGUCGGAUAGAAGAAAAGACGUUUCUUCUCCUGAUGGGGAGAAUUUUUGUGAAAUUAGACGUCUUUUUGAACCACUCUCUUAUGGGGAAUGGCUCUGGUCUUGGUCCGGCCCACCCAAUACCAUUUUUUUGCUAAAUACGCCCACGUAUCUUAAAAUACAUUGUACCAAUUCAAUAGUAAAGAAAAAAGGCGACAACCGCAGCAGCAACAACAGCGGAUUAAAAGAAUAAAGAAAGGAUAAUUGUG